AGCUCACGUUCUCUCAAUGACAUCGGAAAAGACCUGUUGCAUCUGUUUUCAGAAUCAUCCUUUUGUGCAUCGGAACGCUGCCAUUUGCUACCCGGUCCGCUAAUCGAUAGAUUGGCUGUGAAAAGUUGCAUCUUGUGCAAAUUAGUGAACUUGGUUUAAAAAGCUUGAUAGGAGAAUAAAAUGGAAAAGGAAGCUAGAACUAAAGCAAUCUCGAUUGUGCCAAAAAAUGUGUUUGGUCUGCGAACCGACAUCCUUGGCAAUGUGCAUUUCACUGUGAAGCAAGAAAUCAUCUAUCCCGUCGCAGGAGUAUUAGCCAUUCAUGACUACACCACAAACAAACAGAAAUUCCUAAGAUUUCCCGAAAAUUACCGUCCUGAGCGGAUCGUUAUCAGUCCGGAUCGAAAAUUCAUAGCGGUGUCUGAGAGAAAUGCCGAAAACAAAUCGCUAAUAAAUAUAUACGAAAUUGCCACCUUGAAGAAACGCAAAACUCUCCAACUACCUCCCGACUGCCCAAACACCCAAAUCGGCAACAUCUGUUUCACCUUCGACUCGCGUGGAAUCGCGGUUCUGUCCGUCGAACCGGACGCAUUCCUUUCGAUCUUCUCGUUCGAUAGGAACGAAUCGCUCAUCAUCGGACGAGCAUCGAACUCCAACCAGCAAGGUCAGGCCAACUAUCUGUCAUGUAAUCCGAGCGAUGCGACCAUCGUUGCCGUUGGCGGAUUCUACAUGUUGAAGAUCAUGAACAAAACGGACAAAGGUUUUGGUCAAAUCGGAAGCGUCAAGGGAGAUAACUUGCUGGUAACUUCGAUCGCUUGGCUGACGUCGGAUUCGUUGGUUGCAGGAACGGCAGAAACUGAAUUAAUCAUUGUCGAGUCCGGAGAUCUAAAACUAAAGUUGAGGGCAGACGAUGUGGAAAAGAUCGACUUGACAGCGGACGUGGAAGGAGACAUUUCGCCGUCUUCAGCUGACGCAUCCGGCAUGAAGAGAGAUAAUCAUGACGUUUUGUGUCUGACGCAGUUCGAUCAAGGCUUUCUCUAUUCGAUACACAAUGCGGUGCAUGUGUUUGAAAAGUUAUCGAACUAUGCCUUCAUGAAAAAAUCAAUCAUCCGAAUCCCUAUAUCGCUGUAUGACGAAGAUACGUACAAGAUCAUGAAUGUGGCCGUUAAUGCAGAACAGGAUACGAUUGUUGUCGCUACGAAACAUUCACAGAUCUACAUUGGGAUGCUUUUUGUACCGGAAACGCUGAAAGUUAGCGAACUGGUAUUCCGCCAUCUAGGUGAACCUUUGCAUGUCAGCGGAAUCAUUGGACUAUCGGUAUGCUCCUGGAAGCCGAUCGUCAUGACAGCAUCAAAUGAUCUCACGAUUCGUCUAUGGAACUACCAGUCCAUGAAGAUCGAAUUGGUUAAAAAAUAUCAAAUCGAAAUAGGAGUGAUUGCACUUCAUCCUUCGGGGCUUUUCGCCGCCGUUGGUUUUAUUGACCUUUUGCGAGUGAUGCAGAUUCAAUUAGACGAUUUGAAGCUUACUAAAACAUUCAAUUUCCCAAGCUGCACUCAGUUGAAAUUUUCCAAUCAAGGUCACUUGUUGGCGGCUGCGCACGGAAAGAUCAUCAGUUUAAUCUGCAUCUUCACAUUUGAGGUCAUUCAAACUCUCAAAGGUCACAAUGGGAAGAUAUUAAGCUUGUCUUGGUCCACGGACGAUGCCAUUCUUGCUUCUGGUGGAGAUGAUGGAGCCAUCUAUAAGUGGAACGUAGUUACCGGAGAUCGCAUGGAAGAGAUCGUUCAAAAAGGAAUUCAUUACAGAUCGCUAACUUUGACAAGUGACGCCCAUUCUGUCUAUGCCAUCACAAACACGGGUCUCAUCCGAGAGAUGUUCAAGUCGGACAUUUUUCGAGAAUUUAAGAUCCCCGAGUUAACUCCCCUCACGGACAUUGCCAUGUCACGCUCAGAUACUAUCAUGUUCGUAGGAACAGAAAAAGGUCAUCUGUACUACGUGGAUAGCAGUAACGGAAACUGUAACAAUUUUCGUUUUUUCAACACGGAAAUUACAAAAAUCUGCAUAACUUACAACGACUGUACACUGGUAACUGCCGCUUCCGAUGGAACGCUAGUGAUUUGGACUAUGCUGAACAACGAGGGUAAAACGGCUCCGCAUGCGCGUGAACUCGGACUUUGCUCGGAUAUUCUCAUACCAAGACAAGAUCUGCUGGACAAAAAUGACACGAUCGCCACACUGGAAUUAAGAAUUCAGCAACAGAUCAUGGAGUUUCAGUAUAAGAUGCAACAAGGCGAUGCGUUUCAUUCGGAACAGAUGCGAGACAUACACCGGGACUACUGCUCAGCAAUCGAGGAGUUGAAGAAAAAGAAUGAAGAAAUGGGAUUGGCACAUCUAGAAGAAUGUAAUCUGAUGACAGCCAGUAUUGCUCAGGCCAAGGAAGAUCACCAGAAGGAAAUGAUGGAUUUUGAAGCUCAAUUUCACGAAAAGAUAAUAAUGGAGUAUGAUAAAUUGACCAACCUGAAGCAGCAAAUGGACCAGAUGCGAGAGGACUACGAAAUCAAGCUACGACGAUCAGCUGGCUGUUUACAGGAUACAAUUGAAUCCUUGGAAGCGGAGCAGAAAAAGAAUCUCAACGAAAAGCAAGAAAUAAUCAACAGUCUUUUGAAGGAGAUGGAUCGUAGAAGACAGGAAUUUCAGGAAUACUGCAAACAAGUCGAUGUAGACAACGAUCGGAAAAAAGUUGAAUUGCAGCUAGACUACGAGAAAAAAUUACUAGAAGAAGAAGAAAACUGUAUGAAAUGGAGAGGUGAAGCAGGGGUACUGAAAAAGAAGUUCUCCACGUUGAGCCGUGAAGCAGAGAACUAUCGCAAAGACAUCGAAACAUUGCAGUACCAGCAUGGACGGUUCCAACUGGCAAUCAAACAACAUCAAAAGGAGAUCGAGGAGUUGAAGCGAGAGGUGUCGGAGCGAGAGGCAGUGAUAAGAGAUAGAGAGAAAAAGAUGCACGAGCUAAGCAAAAAGAAUGGCGAAUUGGAAAAGUACAAACAAGUUCAAACGCACAAAAUUAACGAACUCAAGAGUCAAAUCGAACCAAAAGACCGAGAAAUAAAAGAGAAAAAAGAAGUGAUUAGCGAGAUGGAGAAAAAACUGGAGGAACUGCAACAGAGCAACAAACAACUAGCACUGCAGCUCCAAGAGCUCCGUGAUAAAUACUAUGGAGCUGAUCUUGAGUUAAGAAAAGAACGAAAUCUAUUCCGAAGUGCAAAGAACAAGUACCAACAGGUGUGUGGAGAAAUUUACAACGUAUCCGGAUUAAUACAAAAACCUGACGAAUUGAAAAGAGGCAUUACCGACAUGUGCCACCGGUACUCCGACAACAAGGAAUUACAAAAAUCACUCGCCCUAGAUGAAGACGUUCAGAAUGAGUUUCUCCGACAGAGGGAGCAUCUGGAGAAGCUAAUGAAGAGUGCCAAGCUCAAGAGUAAUUGCAGGAAAGACAAUGGUGAAAGUGUGAGACUGAUGAAGGAAAAUAUGGAAUUGCUGGACGAGUUGAACAAGUUGCGUGAGCUGUUGAACGAGAAGCAGCGAGCUUGCACCCGAAUGGAGGCCCUUCUAGGAUUGUCCAGUAAGACUGUAGCCCCUAGAGAAGCCAAACUAAUGCUGGAGAAAGCCGUUGCGGAUAAGGAUGACUUGGAAAACCGGCAUCAAGAGCAGGUUGCAAAAUUACAAGACGUCAUAAAGGCUCUAUCAAGCGAAAAUCAAAACCUGCGAUCAGAAAUAGUAACUCUAAAUAAAAGAAAUAAUGGAAACUGAAAUAACAGGGUAAAAACGCC